AUGCCUGACAGCAACGGCCUGACAAUCCUGGACGACCUGCCGGACGCGGUCAUCUUCGGAGAGAUACUGGUGCGGUUGCCGGCGAAGGAUGUCUUCCGCUGUCGCGCCGUCCACAAGUCAUGGCGUUGUGGCACCUCCAGCCGUAACUUCCUGACCGACCACCAUCGCCGGCAGCCCAAGCUCCCGGUCAUCUACUUCUUCAGGAGCGGCGAAUGUGACUCGGCUUCUGACUUCCGUCGUUAUGUCGUCUGCCCCAAUAAUGCGGGUAUCAAUAUCGCCAAUCGGAAGCUCGUGGAUGUCCUCCCGCCUGAGGAAGCUGAGCGUCUGGUCACUAUUCACGCAGCAUGUGACGGACUCCUCAUUGUCUCCAGCGCAGCCCACCAAGGAUCCUUCUGCGUCUACAACCCUGCCACCCAACAGCGGACUCAGACACCACAGCUGGCACAAUAUUCUUCUGAAAUUAGAAUCGCCGGCUUCUACCGGCACCACACGAGCAGAGAGUACCGGGUACUCUACUGGAACCAUUUGUUAGACGUUUACUGCAUCCUCGCCUUGGGCUCUGAGGAGCCCCCAAGGUGCAUCGGGUACCCGUUAGUGUUGUCAUUUUCAUUCCGGGAAGUGUUGUUGAAGGACCGGCUGGCCAUCUCGCUUGCGCCGGUUCUCCACCGCGACAACCUGCACUGGUACGACAGCGGCAUAGUGGUGUUCUGCACAACAACAGAAACGUUUCGACGGAUGCGCGGCCCUGCCCUAGAGAGUCGUACUCCUAUGGCGUGCUUGCUGGAGAUGGAGGGCAUGCUUGCCAUGUGCACCAACGCAGAGGGCCUUGUCAUAAACAUCUGGGUGAUGCAAGGAUAUGAGGCAGAGAUCUGGGAGUCUAAGUACCUAAUUAACUUGAUGAUAGCGGUGCCGAGGUGGCCGCUCCGUUCGAUGCGUAGAUUAUUUAAGGUGGCUGUGGUGAAUGAGCGUGAGCUACUGAUCCAGUUUCCUGAUGUGGACCUCAAGCUUUUCGACAUUGAUGGUUGCGUCUACACAGGGAAAUCCUUCGGGUAG